AAAGCAUCCAAGAUGGCGUCGAUCUGAUAUUCAUUGGUUUGGGUAAAAGUUCUUUAAGUUUUCCUUUCUUUUUCAUCUCAUUGACACUUUCAUUAACAAUACGUAAUGGAUAAACAACAAGCUCCUUCUCCAGUACAAAUGGGGGCAAGGACGAUUCUACAGCAAAAGGUAUUCGAGAGUCUUGGUGCAAAACUUCAUACAGGCUACAUUUAUAAGUCUUCUAAUUAGCUACUUAGUUUAACUAAUAUAAUCAGAUUAUUUAGAAUAUUGUGUGUUGCCGGUUGUAAGCUUGUGUCUUAAUGAAAUUCGAUAUAUGAGUCGUAUUUUCCAUGUAUAAAUCGUGAUAUAAGGCUCAUUAGAGUGCUGAUUAUAAAAUUCCUCCGUACGAAUUAAAUAUUUUUCUCAUGACCACAGAAUUAAUGAGAAUUGGUGCUACAUUGAAAAGAAAGACUUGCCAAAUUUUUCUGUCCAAAUUAAUCCUGGAAUCAAAACUUUAAAACCCUAAAAAUCCUUUGAUUAUCACCGUCUCUUGAAAUCCUGAGCACCCACUUCCUGGGCUUUGAGAGGUGACACAGCCUUGAAACAGUGAUAUAAGGCAGAUAAAAUAGCAUCAAACAACGUAACAUAAAAUUUAAAAAGUGACCAUGAAACAACAAAUCUAUGUACAAAAUUAUAGUAAAUACCCACAGAAAGAUAGCUUCCUCUACAGUAGACCUUGUCACGGUUUUGUAUGCCAUCUUGAUGAGUAGGCAAACGUUUGAGAAAUUACAGUGUUUGUAGGAGAAUCUUAUGUCGAAUAAUUUCCGUAAAACUACUCUUCUGAAAAAAAAAAUCAAUAAUUGAUAUUUUUGACAAUAAUUGAUAUUUUUGACAAUAAUUGACAAACCUUUGCUUUGUAGCUUUAGUUUACAAUCAUUGUAAACUAAAGCUACAAAGCAAAGGUUGUCCCAAAAUAUUUUGGGGGUGUAUCUGUGCUUAAAUUUCUCCAGAGGCUUGCUUUCAAUUUUCCAUAUAUUAGUCUGUAAUUUUUUGUGGGACUUUCUUACAAACAAAUGUAUAGAAAAUUUUAAAAAGUGGUUCUGGUGCAUGUAAUGCACUCAAUUUUUUUCAGUAGAAUCCUUAGGAGUGAAGCUUUAGUUUACAAUUCACUUUUUUUUUAGAACAGCCAUUCAAUGAAAAUCAUUUGACAUAAGAUUCUCAUGCAAACACUGUACACAUGCUUUUGCCUACUCGUCAAGAUGGCGUCGAAACCGUGACAAGGUCUAUUCAUGGGAAAAAUGAUUUUUGAAAUUGAAACUGGAGACUGUAUGACCUUCCUCCCCACCCCUUUUAAAGAAGCCCUUAAUAUAGAAAGCUAAAGAAUUCUAAUAUAGAAAGCUAAAGAAUUCAUCACCAUCUCUCCUGACUUGAUUUGAUGUCUUGCCAUACUUAGGGUGGAUUCAUUUGUAGCAUUUGCUUGUUAGUAUUUUUAUUACUUUUUAAUUUAACAAAAAAUUCUAGUGGGCAAAUACAAUGGCUAGAGGCUGUCAUGCUAAAAAUGAGUCCACCCUAUUAAAAUAAUAUUAUGUCUGCUUCAAUAUUACUAAUAAUUGAAAUUUAUCACUUAAAUUAAUAUGAAGCAUAACCUUUUUCUAAAAAUUAUAUGGUCACAAGAAAUUUCCUCUCCUUUGGAGUCGACUCCAAAGAGACGUGGAACUCCACUGGUUUUUGCUGAUACAUAAAUUAACACACCAUGGUUAUAUGUGUUGCAUACAGGUCGGUGCUAUGUCACAGCCAUCAGUGUCUGGAUUCACAGCUGGUGCUGCUAACACCAGCAUGUACAAGGUGCGGGUACCAAGGUGAGGCACUUACAAUGUCGUAUACUUCAAAUUUUGGUCAAAAUUCACUGUGGGGUGUGGGGAGGGGUACAUAUCCAAAGGAAGGUGUAUUACACUGUGGGGUGUUAGGGACCUUAUGAUCUGACAAUGAUGACGUUAACGACAAUAUUACUAUUCCUAACUGAAACAUUGACUUUGCAUCCUUUCAGACUUUUUUGUGAUUAUUCAAACUCCUUCAGUCUUUUUAAUAUUGGGAAAUUAAGUGGCAGGUGAAGAGAGAAGACCGCAAUGGAUCUCAGAAAGAGACAGUAAAAUUAAUUACCCUGCUGUUCGGGUUCUUGAGAGAACAAGACAGCAAUGAAACACUUGCUACACGGGCUACAGACAAUAUUUCAUUUUGCCAGUUUGACUUAGAGGGUGGGUACUUACAGUUUACAAUUAUUGGUUUCUUCACAAUCACAUUCUUCUCAUUGUCUGAUUCUUAUUACCUAUUAACAAUUUUUGUUAUUGUGUAAAGAAAUAAUACCUCACAAGAGACAAAUGCUAGCUACCGGUAGCUAGCCUUAAUUUCUUCCAGUGUGGCCCAGUGAUUUCUGACAUAAUUUAAACAACUUAAAUUUUUUCUUUCAAGGCACUUGGCAAAAAAAUAUUCAGUCAUGCGUUUCCAGAGUACCAAGGUGGAUAUCUCAGCAGUUUCAAAGGUACAUUUAUAAAAGACACUAUGCAGAUGUACACAUCUCUACCUCUUUUUAAAAGAUGGUCAGUCUCAUGAGACAUUUAACCAGAGAUCAGACCCAAUUUUGGCAGCUUUCAUACAUUUGCUCUUAUAGUUUCAUUCUAAUAAAAAUAGAGCCAGCGUGCAAAGAAAGUCAUGUCUGAUAGCCCGGGGCUAGUAGAGUUUGCUAUUGGGCUAGUGAUUUUUUUUCUUAACUUGCACAAGGGGCAAGUGCUGUUUUUUCGGGAAGUUCAAAUUACAGAAGGAUUGUAAUCAAUCCUGCUAAUCAAAAGGAAUUGGGGGCUAGUUGAAAUGACUUGUGGGUUAGUACAUGCUACAAUCAGCGACAAAAUGAGUUGAGACACCACCCAAAACUAGGCUUUUUUACGUUUCACUAUCUUCAAAAGGAGGAAACAUACCUUUUCCUCCCCCUUCUCCUCCAUGCAAUGUUGUGCUGAUGUUCAAACUACCUAAAGAAAACAACAAACACCCUAACUUUGAAUGGAGGGGACAGGGGAGGGGCGCCAGUUCUUUUGUUCUCCAAAGGUACCCUAUGUCUCAACAAUUUUGUCGCUGAUUGUAGCUACAGCUUGCCCGAAUGGCAGACUGUAAAACUGACUUUCUUUGCACCCUGAGAACAAUGUUGCCAGGUUAGGGACUCUAAAUUUCUCACUCCUUGUAGAAGCUAGUGCAAACAAAUUCAAAAAGAGUCAAAAUUUCUGUUUGUAAUACCCUGAGAAAUAAAUGACUUCAUGCAAAAGGUUUCCCAAAGAGGUUUUAUUUGAAUGGCAACAUCAUAAGAUUUCCCCCAUAGAUCCCUGCUGUUGUAACUUGGUGUACACCAUGUAGAGAUGGAAGGGUUAACAUUAGGGACUUUAAGAUCCAAACAGGUGAAAGUCGCUUAAAAAGUGAAUUUGCGUUCUUUCAGUCUUUAUCGCAAUUAUUCCUUAGUACCCACUUUCUUUGUCAAAUAUAGGCGAACCCUCCUGGAGUUGAAUUCCUAGGAACCAUAUCCAAGUUCAGAAAGAGAAAUUAAAUUUCAUCGUUGCUUGUUUAUGUUCCCCAUAAAACUCGAAAUUAGGCAUUUUCACAUCGUAGGCAUGCAAAAAUGGGAAAAGAAAUGUACAAACAAGUGUGAUGCAGGUGCAAAGUUGUUGUUUUGCUUGUAAAACCUAUUGUUUUUUUGACGUUCUUGUUGUCGUCUGCGUCAUCGGAUCUUAAAGUCACUAUUAUACUGAUUGAAAUGCUCUUUAAGACAAAAUAUGUGACUCCAAGAUUUUGCUGGCAUCCUUGAUGUGGAUUAGAGUGACUUUGUUACCUCUGCGUCCCGCGUCCCGCGUCCCUGACACAAAAAAAUCCUCAAAGAUGCAAAUAAUUCAUGGCAUGCGUCCCGUAGAAUGCAGAGAUCAAUUGAUUGAACUAAACAAGUGUAUUUGGAGAAAUAUCCCAUUUGUUUAAUUUCUGUGGCAGUUAUUAUGGCUAUUGUUUUACAAUGCAUAUUUCUUUUAGCCUUUGUUAUGCUUUAAAAUAGAGAGAUUAUAUUUUAAUUUCAGUAUACUCUAAUACAGAGUUUUGGAGUCUGUCUUCAGAUUAACUGUCUGGUUACAUAAAGGCCCAAGCAUUUUCUUUUUUAGCAUAAUUCAAAACGAUAUUUCUUUUUAGGCCCAAAUGUCCCGCCAGACAGAAUCAAUAGAAGAAAAAGAAAGUGAAAACCUUCCUACUUUUGGUGCUGGUAGUGAGUUUGGUCGUGAAAGGAGGGAGGAAGCGCGUAAGAAACGCCGUGGACAUGUCACCCAGCCAAAGAAUCCUGAGGCCGCACCAUGGAAUUUGAGGAUUGGAGGCAAGAGUGGUCGCAGGUAAUACAAUGUAUAUCCUAUAUUUGUGGCUAUUAAAAGUUGUUAUCAUUUGAAGCAAAUUUUUCUUUCGUUUCAUUGGCUGAGAGCCCACCACGUGACCUGCAAAUAACUGCCUACAAAUAAUGGUCUGCUCAUGCACAAUGCUGUCCAACUGUGUUUGGCUGCAAAUAAUAUUCUGCACAUGCUUUUCUCCUUCUUGCGAUCGCUCUUGCAUGAAAAUUGCAGAUCGCUUUACUUCCUGAGGAUUUUCAGUAAAAAAACAAACUCGGUGAUCGAAUGGUAAAACAAUUGUAUUAGUUUCUAAUGAAAGAUAUUUAUUGUGGUGUGUGUAUGAUGGUAGAGCUCCUCGCACGCUCUUUGUGCACAUGAGCGGAGCCCCAUACCAAAGAAAUCUGAGAAAUUUUGGUAAUCACGUCACUGUACGUCUGCCCAUCCAUCAGCACCACAGGGAAGCCAAUGUGAAAUGUCAAACUUUCAAGCUAGUGUGGGAGCCUGUAAUCUGUGUUUAACAUGAUAACAGACAUCCAUAUUACAGUCAAUUGACAGCUGUCAAAACAGGGUAUCCACUGACCAGAGCCACAUGACUGUAUUGCGGGCUCUGAUGCAAACUCACCGAGGUCAAGUGUUUUUAAGUUUUCUGCUGACCAGUUGUUAGCUUUUAAAUGAUCGCAGGCUCAAGUUUCUGUUUUUCAUUCAUACAGUUGUCCCCUAAAGUUAAGUAUAAAUUUGUGGAUUACCUUGCAGUUGUUUAAACUCCAUUGUAUGAAGUUAAAGUAAAAUGCAUAAAUGGGAGCUUCGCUUUUAGCUCUGGCAAAAUCUAUUUAUUAGGGAUUGUUCAUGGUCUGUCUUGUUAUUAAUGGUAAAAGAGGCAAUCCACAUAUGAAUUUAACCGAACAACAUCAAAAUUUGGAGACUGUGGAAUGGAGAUUCCAGAAUCUUGGAUGCCUAUGAUGAAACAGAACAGAAACAUUGCAGUUGUAUAAAACAAUGCGCAGGAUCGAAACGCACCAACUAUAAUUGUGGUUUGUGUUGUACACCAAUCACCAGCAAACACAAAGCAAUUUAUAGUCCCAAAGCCAAUUGAUACCAGGGCCCAGUGAAGACUAGUUAAGAUCAAUGACAAAGUGGCUUUUGUCAAACGAUCACAAAUGUUAAAUAAGCCUUAUCAUUUGACAAUAUUUAUGGCAAUUCACAUGUGAAGUGAACUGACAUUCCCCCAACAGAGUUAUUGCGAGUCAUUAGCAGUCAAAAGUUUCAAAUCUACACUGGUUUCCUUGCAGGUUUACUGGCCGAAAGGAAGCAGGAAUUAAUGAGAAUUCUUCUUACUACAUUUUAACUCAAUGUGAGGAUGGAGCAUUUGAAGCGGUUCCAGUCAACAACUGGUACAGUUUCACUGCCGAUAUAAAAUACCAGACAUUAACAGCUGAUGAGGCAGAAGAGGAGUUUAAUCGCCGUGAAAGAACAGUGAAUUAUUUCUCUCUUAUGGUUAAGAAGAGGCUAGCAGACAAUAAAGAUGAUAUGGAAGAAGGGGAGCACAGUGACAUGGAUAAACGUUCCAAGAUAGCGAGUAGAACAGCAAAUUUGGUAAGAAAAAAUAACAUUAUUCCAUUUUAACCCUUUCAAUCAAAAGUGGCAAAAGUCAAUAUUACUCAUUCAAAAUAUUUCUCUGUUUCUGAUUGGCCAAAAUCACACGCAUAAUUAUUCAUCAUAACCAGCUACUGUUGACCAAAUUUGGAAGUAUCUUGCAAGCAAUAUUGAACCAAUGACGUCAAAAGUGCAGGAACUGUGAUCCAAAGACAGCAAAGAAGGAAGUGCUGGUAUGAUACCAAUUCUAGGUCUUUUAAGGUUUGCCUUGCCCACCUACCCCUCCCCUAAGCUAACAUUAACACUUCUCACUUAGGGCAAAAUGUUGCCUUAGGGGAGGGGUAGGUGGGCAGUUUCCUAGAGACAUAUAAUGAUCCAGGCAUGCCUUCUAGAAAGUGAAAGAAAAGAACUAAAGAAUUGCUGGGAUUAUUUGUCAGUGUCCAUUUUAGGGAGCUGUCUGUGUUAUAGAGGGGAGUUUGUCUGGAGGAAGUUGAGUGUACAUCAAGUUUAUGUGAAAAAAAACCUUGUUAAAGUUCUCACUUUUUUGCUGCAGAUUAUUCAUGAUGACGAAAGGGAUUUAUCGCUGUCAGAGGAAGAAGAUGAUGAUGAGGAGGAAAAUCAAGGGAGCAGUAAAGAAGGUAAACCGUGAUCUGCUUUGUGUACUUUUUUUUACCGUGAACUAACUUGUUUUCUGAUAUAUCAAACAAUAAAUGUGUUUUCCCUUUGUUAACUUCAUGUAAAGCAAUAGUCUAUUCUAAAAUUCCAUGAGGAGGUUAAACUUUCAGAUUAAUUUGCUGUAUGGAUAUUAGCGGCCUUUGAAUUUGAUUUUGAAUACAAGAUCGAGUCACGUACAACUAAACGUCGGUUAUGGGACCAUUAACAAUGGUUAAUCAGUCUUUUAGUUUGCCUCCCCCCGCCCCCCACCCCGUCCCUCCUGCCCCCAACCGUCGAAAACGCCCUACUGUUCCUUUGGCAAAUAGCACGUUCAUCUUUAUUCUUAACCUGUGUUCUGACCCCCCCUCUACCAUACAAAAAUCGGGAACACGAUUAACGUCGUCUCCUCUGUGGGUUGAAUGUUAGGCAGCUGAUGUUGUUUCCUUCCGCAGAUAAAAAGGCCAAGAAAGACAAGCACAAGGUCGGACAGAAAAAGCAGCAAAAGGCUAAGAAAGGUUCAGAUGCUGAUAGCGAUGUCUCAUCUGGGGAAGAUGGUUACCUGGAUUCCAAGGAAAUGGAUUACUUAUCUGACAGCUCGUCCUCGUCAGAGGGUAAGACUUCUUAAACCUUCAAACGCCAAUAUCAUCAUCAUCAUCAUCAUCAUCAUCAUCACCAUCAUCAUCGUCGUCGUCAUCAUCAUUUUCAUCGUCAUAAUCACAUGCAAGAGAGAAUGAGGUAGCUCAUUCUCUCUUGUCAUAUCAACAGAUAAAACAGUUUCACCCAUAGAGGAUAUUACAUGGCCGCGCGGAGAUACGAAGUUUCUCUUCUCGUGUUGAAAAAAUAGUUCACUCGUUCACUGCGCUCACUCGUGAAAUAUUUUUCAACACUCGAAGAGAAAUUUCGUACCUCCAAGCGCCCAUGUAAUGUUCUAUUUAUUAUAUAAACACCAAUGAACUACCAAACCAUUUCACUUUAAUAGUUUUUUGGUCAAUGGUGUGAAAGGGGCGAUUUAUUAUGUAAUAAUAAUAAUAAUAAUAAUAAUUUAUGAACUUAUAGUGCGCAGCUUAACAUGAGAAUGAUCAGCUGCGCAUUACAACUACAUUACUUUAAAAGAAACAAAUAAAAGAUAAUGCAUUAAAAGAAUAAAAAAUAAGAAGAAUAUAUAUGCAUGCAAGUAAGAAUUGAAUAUAAAAUUGCUCACCAAUAUAAAGUUUUAAAAAGAUAAGUCUUAAUAUGCGCCUUAAAACUGUUCACAUUAGUAAUCGCACGAAGUUCUUUUGGGAGAGAGUUCCAGAGCCUUGGCGCUGCUACCAUAAAAGCUCUAUCACCUAACGUCUUCGAUUGAGCAGCUAGCAUAGAAAGUAAAAUACUAUCUGAAGAUCUAGUCAUAGCAACGGUGAAAUUUUCACAAGUUUUCGUGCGAAAGCUCACUUGCUAUUUCAUUGGUGUUUAUAUAAUAAAUAAAGUUAUUUUUGACAUAUCUUGUUUGAUGAUAAACAAUACCACAAGAAACACACUUUACGAUUUCAUUUACAGACUCAAAAGUUGACACUACCUGAUAUAGUAAACAGUACCACAAGAAAGGACUGUUCAGUAACUUUCAUUUGAAUGGUCAGGUCACACUUAGAGAUUUCAUCCACGGACUCAAAAGUUAGAACCACUUUGUACAACAUAAUAAUCAGCACCACAGAAAAGAACUGCUUAGUGGCUUUCAUUUGAAUGGUGACACUUUAAUAAGGAUUUCGUCGACAGACUCCAAAGUUAGAACCACCUUGUACAGCAUAAUAAACAGCACCACAGGAAAGUUCUGCUCCGUAGCUUUCAUUUGAAUGGUCACACUUGAGGAUUUCACCCAAGGACUCUAACCCCAGAAUCUCCUCUGAUGGUUAUUCAAAUUCACGGCCAUCCUAAUCGUACGUUGUUAUUGUCGUUAUGUUUUUGUUGUUGUUGUUGUAUUACAGAAGAUGUUAUGGCUUUAAAAGUGAACAAACCGAAAGCUGAAGAUGACCUCAAUGCCGAAGAGACAUCAAGCGAAGAUGAGGAUGAACUAACACAAGAAGGACAUGAGCUGAAAGAUAUGUUGGAACGAGAUGAAGGGAAAGAGUCCUGGGACGAGGAUGAAGACGAAGAAGAUCCGGACGGGGAUGAAAUGAAGGGAACGUCUGCUUUGUUUUUACAAGGUUAGAAAUCAUGGCACAACAACAGUCAACAAAAACAACAAUCUUUAUUUGUACUCAGAAAUUACAACAGUGAAACUAUUGAAAGUAAAAUUAGAGUACUGGCUGCCUGGAAAAACCAUAGAGGCUAGUGGAGACGGGCAGCCAGUUGAUGAUAGUAAUAAAAGUGAGUGGAGUUCAAUUCGUUCUGUAAUCAUACGAGUGAUAAACAAAAUCAGACGACCGCGUAGCAGGAAUCCGAUUUGCUUAAUCACAAGUAGAGUAAAGACGCGGCGGUCGCAUAGCGCGGGAAAAUGUCACGACGUGUUUACCUAUGUGGCCAGUCACACAGUGAAGUGACGUAAAAUUAACGAAUCUGACCAAUCACCGUUCGUGCAAGACACUUAACCAAGCAGAAAUCGAGGCGGUUACGAUUAUCCAAAGAGAGGCUAUCGUAAGUAAAAUGCAACAAAGGGGAUUGCUCUGGCCAAUCACAUGAGAGGCAAUUUAUUAAAUGAACCAAUCAAAUUACAGAGUAAAGACUUGGAGAUGGCAAGCGCGGGAAAAUGCUACGACUUGUUUCACUUUUAGUUGCUUGACAUGUGGCCGUCUUCGCCAUAGGUGCGAAAACACUUAAUUACUAAACUGGUGAACAAAUUUUGACUAUCUUGGGUGCGUUUUGCUCGUAUAUGAUCUCAAAUUUAUUUUGUGUUUGUAAAGGUGACAAAAAGAAAAAGAAGAAGUCUGGGAGUGGCUCCAGUACCUCUUCAAAUAGCCGUUCAUCGACCCCUACGAUUGCUACAGACGGCGCUGCUAAUACCAUUGCUGCCGCUGCUACAAAGCUGAGUCAGGACAGACCAGGGACUCCCUGUAAGUAUAUCCCCACUAUUUCCCGGGUUCGUAGAUGAAAUUGUAUGGAGUGACCGUAUAAAUGAAACCUAUUUAGCAAAACCUUCGUCAGGUACUAGUUCUUUCACAGUAUUUUACAAACUAGCAUUUUGGAUGUUGUUCCAUUUGUUCCCGAUCAGUUUCAUGUUCCCCGUGUUGAAAAAAUUUUCUAAAUUGUCUGGGUUUUUGUAGCAAAAUCAAAGAAGCGUCCAGCAAGUGCAAGUAAAAAAGGUACCCCAGGCGAAGAGGGAAGUCCAGCAAGCAAAAAACCUCGUGUAUCCCCGGCACCUUCCGCGGGAGGGGCAGGAGGAGGCUCAAGAACAAGCACCCCAACACCGACCGGUAGUGAGGAAGGCCCUCAGGGAAUCACUGAAGAAGCUGUGAGAAGGUACCUCACAAGAAAGCCCAUGACCAGCAAGGACCUUUUGCAAAAGUUCAAGAGCAAACGAACAGGCCUGUCAAAUGAUGAGACCGUGAAAAAGCUUGCUGCUAUUGUUAGAAAGAUACAACCCGAACAGAAGACCAUCAAAGGGAAACUUUAUCUGUCGCUUAAACCACAGAGCUAAGAUGUGCGCGUGAGAAGGUCUCUUGUUUCGUCCCAUUCUCGCUUAAUCUUCACGUGCGCGCCUGAUUAAGUCGCUUUAAUAAUAGAUCUUUUUACCUUGGGUUGUGUGUUAACCCAUUCUUACUUUAGUCAAAAAACAUUAGCGUUAAUUGCAAGUUAUGCGUGGUUACUACCAAUAGAACGUUUUCACUCACCUAGCCAGUAUCUAUGGAAAAUUCAUUGGAACAAAAGAAAGUGUUUAAAUAAGAAAAGAGCCCAACUCCCACAAGAAUUGCUCCGAACACCAACAUGGCCGCCAUUUUAUUACUUAGGAACACCAAUAUAGCUUCCGUGACGUCAUUUGAACGUUCUAUUACGCAUACGCUUUCAAGCCAAAAAUGCUCGUUUUAUGCGCAGUGCGUUUCUAUUGAGCCAGUACAGUCAAACCCCGUUAAUACGGACACUGAGGA